ACUUCCUCUUUCCUCCUACCGACAUGGCGGCGCUUGGGCGGUCUCUGUUCGGUCUCAGAAACACCUUGAAGGUCGGGGUAACCCGCGGCUUUCUGCAUCCCCAGAACAAACCUGGGAGGCAGCUUGACUCGGCCCGAAACAUGCUGGUGACGAAAUCGGGAGCCAUUUUACCCAAACCUGAAAAGACUUCCUUCGGUCUUGUGAAAGUCUUCAUUGUGGUUAUUCCUUUUCUGUACAUGGGCACGUUGAUCAGCAAGAGUUUUGCCUCACUGCUGGAGGAACACGACAUCUUUGUCCCAGCUGAUGAUGACGAUGAUGACUAACUCAGGGUUUCUCCUCAAUUCACAAGCUGGUCUCGUUUGAUUGAAAACCAUGGGAGUCAUUAGCUGUACAUAUUAUUCCUGUACCUAAAUCACCCAAAUCCCUCAGACUGAAGAAACAACUUCUCUGAAGAGGGAAACAAUCAAAGUGUGGCCAUACUUUGCAUGCGUUGCACAUAGUGUGUGUAUGGGGUGGGGUUUGGUUCAAGAGGGUAUGGAUGGGACAUUUAGCAUUUAUUAGACUUAGGAUCACUCUCCUAAGAAAACCUUUCCUAUCUUAGCUAGAUUGACACUUAUUUAGACAAGCACUUCUGAUGUUUGAAUUAUAUUUGUUUUAUAAAUCUGACUCUCUGUACUUCCAACGAUACAAACCCAGGCUGGACUUCAGCUUACAUAAAUGUCCUGUUGCAUGGUGCUGGUGUUCUGUGGAUGCCUUUGAAUUAUAGUCCCACUAUAAACAGGGGGGCAUGCUGAUGCAAGCAGAAUUUGCCUGCUGUAUAUGUUGGUUGAUGUAACCCAACAGUUGUCAGCACUGGGUCAGGAUCGAACACUCCUCUCUAGUUGUUCAAAUUUAUAAUCUGCAGUUUGGAAUCACCGACAAAGCUGUUGGUGGUUUGGAACAGCAGAGCUUGACUUCUUAUUGGUUAAGGGAAGUAUAAUUUACACAGUGAAACUAGUCAUUUGAAUCCAAGCAAAUGGGAAAAGUUACUUCCUUGAAACAACACAGUAAUUUAAUUUCUGUAGUAAUUAAACUUUAGAAGCAUCAGGCAGAGUGAAAUGUGAUCAGCAGUGAAUCAUUUGGCCCAGAAAUAAGAGGUACUUUAGAUCAUUGCAACCAGUGAUAUAGAGAAAUCAAUGUUAAGACAAAUGGGAUGUGAUUUUGGCUGAUUGUGUGCACCUGGCCUUUCGCAGUGGUGGGAAAGUGUGAGCUGUGGAAUAGAUACGAUCUGCCUCCAGUGAGAGUACAUAUCUGGUGUGUAACUGAGUGCCUGCUGUUUGUUUUUUGGCUCCAUAUUUUGUCGAUGAUGUGGGACAUUAAAUGCUUCAGUUAAAUUACCUCUGGUUUAAAGAUUUGCUGGUGUGUUUUGACGGACUCCAUUUCUGUCACCUGCAGCAAUAAAACUGGUUGAAUCUGACCGAACAA